CGGGCUGGGAAAUCGGUUCCGAAUCCAGCGGAACCCAGCGCCCGGCGACGCCGGGUCACGUGGCCGGCGGCCCUCAUGACGUGCGGGCUGCGGGGCGUCACCGUGACGUUCGGGAGACCUGCCGUGCGGCCGGGCUUCCUCCGCCACCUGUGCAUAGGUCGCGGUGCUGUCAUGGACCUGGGACCGAUGCGCAAGAGUUACCGCGGGGACCGAGAGGCAUUUGAGGAGGCUCAUCUGAUCUCCCUGGACCCCAUGAAGCAGUUUGCUGCCUGGUUUGAGGAGGCCGUUCAGUGUCCUGACAUAGGGGAAGCCAAUGCCAUGUGUCUGGCUACCUGCACCAGAGACGGAAAACCUUCUGCCCGCAUGUUGCUGCUGAAGGGCUUUGGCAAGGAUGGCUUCCGCUUCUUUACUAACUUUGAGAGUCGAAAAGGAAAAGAGCUGGACUCUAAUCCAUUUGCUUCCCUUGUCUUCUACUGGGAACCCCUUCACCGUCAGGUGCGUGUGGAGGGCCGUGUGAAGAAGCUGCCUGAGGAGGAGGCUGAGUCCUACUUCCACUCCCGCCCCAAGAGCAGCCAGAUUGGGGCUGUGGUCAGUCACCAGAGUUCUGUGAUCCCUGAUCGGGAGUAUCUGAGAAAGAAAAAUGAAGAACUAGAGCAGCUCUACCGGGAACAAGAGGUGCCUAAGCCAAAAUACUGGGGUGGCUAUGUCUUGUUACCGCAGGUGAUGGAGUUCUGGCAAGGCCAGACCAACCGCCUGCAUGACCGGAUUAUCUUUCGGCGGCACCUACAGACAGGAGAUUCCCCUUUGGGGCCCAUGACCCACCACGGGGAGGAAGACUGGCUGUAUGAGAGACUUGCACCUUGACUCCAGAAUCUGGGGACUCUGGAGCUGGGGCUAGUUGCUCAGAGAGGGUGUUGGACUGGGGCACUGGGAGCGAGGCCUUUCUUUCUAAACCCCCCACCCCUUAUCCCUGGGGCUCUUCAGAGCUUGUCCUCCAAGUUCUCUGUACUCAGGUGGCUCUCCAAUUAGCUGGUAGUGGAGUAUCACAGUGUCACAGAGAAUCACAAACAAGAAGUAAUCCCAUACUUACUUUAUUGACCUUGCCUAUGAUUUUUGGAAUAGCUCCCUCUAGGGGUAGCAACUGGUGUGACUCCCUUUCUGGUGACACAGGGUGGGCCCUCAGCAACCCUUUCUAUUAUCAUAAGUCAUACCAGCCAAAGCUGAUUGGUCCCAGUGUAGGCACCUGAACCAAUCUAGCCAAUCAGAUUUUCUUGUCAAUAAUUUGAAAUUUGAAAUGGAGAGACCCAGAGCCUUGCGAGUCAUUGUAACCAAGACACCAAUGGCAACCAACGCGCAACAGUGUCUGGCUGCUCUGUUGCUGCCCUGGGCCCCUCCUUCCCAGGUCUACGUGGCACAGUUCCUCCCUCUUCCUCAAAACAUCCCACUUUAUCUGUAAAAAAAAACUUUUUUUUGCUUAAAAUUGCUAGAAUCAAUUUGUGUUACUUAAAACUUAAAAGAACCUGAACUUGGGCUGGUCCAUGGCUCACUCGGGAGAGUGCGGUGCUGAUAACACCAAGGCUACAGGUUCGGAUCCUAUAUAGGGAUGGCCGGUUCGCUCACUGGCUGAACGUGGUGCUGACAACACCAAGCCAAGGGUUAGGAUCCCCUUACCGGUCAUCUUUUAAAAAAAUUAAAAAUUAAAGAAAUUAAAAGAACCUGAACUCUUUCACCAAUAGUACUUAUAGUACUUACGUACUGAUUGCUGCCUUCCAUUGUUUGGAGCACAGCAACGUGGAAAAGAGAUUAAAUUUAUUCUCUGUAGCUCCAAUGGGUCCAAAGGUGGAAGUAACAGAGAAGUAGGUUUCAUCUCGAUAUGGGGAGAGAUUUCAAACAAUCAGAACUGCCUAAGAGGGAAUGGGCUGUCUGUUAGGUAGUAAGUGUUCUGUCCCUAGGAGUAUUCAAUCCCUGUCAGUCAGGAAUUUUGUAGAAGACGUCAUGUGCUGGCACCUACAGGCCAGGGAGAUUUUAAUCAAGCUUUACUGUCCAUGUUUGUUUAUGGAAACUGUGUGUGUGUGAGUAUGUGUGAGUGUAUGUACACACAUAUAUUUCAUUUUUUUUUUUUUUUUUUUUUUUGUCAUUUUUUCGUGACUGGCACUCAGCCAGUGAGUGCACUGGUCAUUCCUAUGUAGGAUCCGAACCCGUGGCGGGAGCGUCGCCGCGCUCCCAGCGCAGCACUCUACCAAGUGCGCCACGGGCUCGGCCCUAUAUUUCAUUUUUCAAAUAUAAAAUUAAAUUAUUAUAGAGAUUAUGCUUUUCACACUGCUCAUACAUCCCCUUCCCCUACUCCCCACCUCUCUCUACUGAUGAUGUUGAUUUCUAGAUCACUGGUUUUCACCCACAUUGGAAUUACCUGGGGAGCCUUUAAAAUCCCAGGGAAUCCUGUGCAGCCAAGGUUAAGACUUCCUGGUCUAGAUCCUUGCUACUUGUGUGUGGAACACUUUAGAGAUGCAGACCCUCAGGCCCACCCCUGACCCACUGAAUCUGAUUCUGUAUUUUCACAAGACCCCCAAGGGACCAGAUGCGCUGACCUCACAGUCUGUGAUCCUUUAAUAACCCUUCAGUUGAGUCCCGUGCUGAACUGUAUUUGCUUUCCUUGAGCACAAGCCUGCCGACCAGGGACAGCCUGGAUAAGCAAGUGGCCUACUGGCAACUUAGAGGAGCCAGGCUGGGUAAAUGUUUGCUGUGACUAAGACAGGAUCAGAGAACUGAGUAUUAUUUGCACUGGUUGGGGUAGAACUUGCUACUCUAUAAACUGCUUCCUUUGACUGUGUGGGUGUGUGCUUGUCUGUAUUACUGAAAAGCCUCCUCCAAGGGCAGCCCUCUCCUACGUUAGAUCCCCUCCUAAGCCUGAGCACAGGAAAGCACAUUCACCCUGUGGCUACCUGCAGGACAGGACACUGGGUACCCUUACCUCCCUUGCCCUUUUCAUUGUUGUGCCGUGAACUGUAAUUUUAUGAGUACACGUGUGUACGCACUGUGUAUCCCCCCAGCUUUGAGCCUGGUCUCAGCAGUUCCUUUUUGGUUCUGUCCAUCAAUCACUGUGCCAAGUCUGUAAUAAAAGCCUGUCAGCCGUG